AUGACGCUAUAUAAUACCCUCAUACAAGAAUACUGCCUUGGACUCGAAUCCGAAGUGUACAGCUGUCGAUCUGUCCUAGGACCCAUCCUUACUCAGGUGUGGCGUUCCAACUACAUAUCGCGACAACAACGGCUUGUCCCAGGAGACAUUUACAACGGGCUUCGUAGCAACUGCCCGUGUUCCAACUUUCCAGUAAUACUUAAACUUGAGUUACGCCUAGUACAGGCCAUUCCCGUUGUACAGAUGCAGUAUCGGAUAUCACUCGGAUUACUUUUUUUUUUCCGGUUCUCCAAGAUGUUGAGUGCCCUAUGGUCUUUAUAUCCACCAACACUGCAGGCUUUUCCACACGAAUAUCAGCCCCUUGGAUCAGAAACACUACACAUCCCUUACGUUACCUUUGUUCCACGGUCACAGAUCUACAGACAGAAUACUAUCCAUUGGUUAUGA